AUGCCUCAACAGGAGCGUGUCCCAUCCACCUGGGUGGAGAACACGGCUACUUCAGACAAGCUGCUGCAGCUCGACUCUACGGAUUCUCAGCUUCCCUUUCAGUUCACACUUGAUGCUCUUCGCUCUAAUGUGUUCCGGACAACUUUCACGUCUAAAACUCACCCUCUGCCCCCUCAUCCCAGUGUGCCUCCUCUCAAAAAACAGAUAGAGGCUUCAACAGUAAACGUUUCUUCUACCAGCACAACAAAGGAGAUCAAAAUCGGUCCAAUCACAGCAACAAUUGACUGGACUGAGUCAUCACCUCUAGUUUCAAUCUCUCUUGACGGCAGCAAGAAUGGGCCUCUUCACGAAGAUUUGCCAAAUCGCUCAUAUGUUGUUGACGGCGAGGGCAUUGCCCACUACUCGCGCUACAACAGAGAUACCCUGUACGUCGGGCUGGGCGAAAAGGCAGCCCCCAUGAACUUGGCAGGGAGGAAAUUUGAGCUUUCGGCAACAGACAGUUUCGGCUAUGACAUUUACCGCACUGAUCCGCUGUACAAAAACAUUCCGCUUCUCAUCAAUGCGACGCCGAGUGGCUGUCUGGCUCUCUUUUCGACCACUCAUUCGAGGGGCUCGUACUCUAUUGGGGCUGAGAUGGACGGCAUGUGGGGUCGCUACAAAGUUUUGAGACAAGACUAUGGAGGAUUAGAAGAGUACAUCAUUGUUGGAAAAACUCUCAAGGACAUCAUCACAACUUAUGCGGAACUUGCUGGCUAUCCUCUUCUUGUGCCGAGAUGGGCAUUUGGGUACCUCUCCGGCGGUAUGAAGUACUCAAUGCUCGACGACCCUCCGGCCUCUGAGGCGCUGCUUGAUCUUGCGCGCAAGAUGAAGGAGAACGAUAUUCCAUGCUCGGCGUAUCAAAUGUCAUCUGGCUAUACAGUGGCAGAGCAGCCACCGAAAACUCGCAACGUGUUCACCUGGAAUCGCCAUCGGUUUUCGGAUCCAGAGGCCUUUAUCAAGGAGUAUCACAAACUCGGCAUGAGGUUAAUCGCCAACGUGAAGCCCUACGUUAUUGGCACUCAUCCAGAGUACGAAAAGCUCAAAGCUGCAAAUGCUCUAUUCAUCGACCCCCACACGAAAAAGACGGCGGUAACCCGACUAUGGAGCGCCGGCGGAGGUGAAAGCGCUGAGGGCGGACAUAUUGACUUUACCUCCGCUGCUGGGUUCAAAUGGUGGUACGAGGGUGUCAAGAAGCUCAGACAGGAAGGUAUUGACUGUAUUUGGAACGACAACAACGAGUACACAGUCACUGAUGACGGCUGGAUUUGCGCCCUGGACGAGCCUUCUCUCGAGGUGAGAGAUGAUGUCAAAGAUAGGCCACAAAUCGGUCUUUGGGGCCGGAGUCUUCACACAGAACUUCAUGGAAAGGCAUCUCAUGAUGCCCUUGUCGCCGUCGAUCCAGAUGCCCGCCCAUUUGUUCUUACUCGAAGUGCAACUGCCGGUACUAUGAGAUAUGCCUGUAGUUCAUGGAGCGGAGACAACACGACUAGCUGGGCCAGCAUGAAAGGCGCCAACGCUCUUGCGCUUAACGCAGGCAUGUCUUUAAUGCAAUGCUAUGGUCACGAUAUUGGAGGAUUCGAGGGCCCGCAGCCAUCCCCUGAGCUGCUUCUUCGAUGGGUUCAGAUUGGUACAUACUCGCAGCGCUUUGCGAUCAACUGCUUCAAGACGCUCAACGAAAAUAACAUCGGAGACGUUAUUGAGCCAUGGAUGUACCCGGAAAUUACACACUUGGUUCGCAAGGCAAUCAAGAGAAGAUAUGCCAUGAUCCCCUACAUCUACUCCUUGAUGCUGGAGAGUCAUCAAACAGCCCUUCCUCCCCAACGUUGGACCGGCUGGGGAUACGAGCAAGACCCGGAGGUUUGGACGGCACCAAUUACAGAGGGCGAGACGCAAUUUUGGCUCGGAGAUGCCCUACUGGUUGGCGGCGUAUACGAGCCCGGCGCUACCCAAGCACGAGUCUAUCUUCCAAAAGCCUCGGAUGAUGACGAGGGCUACAUCAAUCUCAAAGCUCCCUAUCAGUACCUGGAAGCAGGACAAUGGGCUACGAUUGAUGCGGAGUGGCACGGCGCAGGUAUUGCUGUGCUUGCCAAGGUCGGAACAGCGAUCCCAGUCGGCAGAGAUGUGCAAGUUUUGUCUCCCGGAGAAAAAGAAAAUGUCGCCAAUCUGCCACUGGACGACUAUCGUGCAGUUGAAAUCUUUCCUCCUCGCCAAGGCUCUAGCUCAAAGCGCUAUGAGACGGUGUGGUAUGAAGACGAUGGUGUAUCUGCUGUCGCGAAGAAUAAAAUCUCCAAAUACACUAUUGCAUAUUCGGCUGAGGGAUCUGAAAUCAAGGUCCAAUUCUCCAGAGAUGAGACAUCUGGGUAUGUCGCGCCUUGGAAGACACUGGUUGUUGUGUUGCCUCCUGGAGAUGCGCGAACGGUUCGUUCGGCCGAUGGCGUCCAGGCUCGUGAUUUGGGUACGGACGAUGAGGGAAGGAAAAGAUUUGAACUUUAG